AUGCAUAUCAAGACCACUCUUUUGAGUGAAGGAUCUUCAUCAUUUGUUUUCCUCACAGAGGAUCCUAAUUAUGUUAUGAAGGAAUUUAAAUCUAUGUAUCCUGUCUUAAUGAGAUAAAAAGAAGCUUAAAUUUUAGAAGUUCUUAAAAGUGAACACAUUGUUAAACUGACUACAUUUACUGAAAAUUAUUUAAUAUUGGAAAGACUAAGACCAUAAGAUUUGUUUGAAGUAGUAAAAUCACAAAGUCUAAAUCAUUAAUUCAUAAAAGAAACUUGCAAAACUUUGAUAAGGAUAAUUAAUACUAUUCAUAAAAUGUAAGUAGUUCAUCGUGACAUUAAAUUGGAGAACAUUUUGAUAGACAAUUCUGGAAGAUUGGUUUUAUGUGAUUUUGGAUUCUCUGAAUUGUUAACUAAUAGUACAGUCAAAAGAACUAUGGGAACUUUGAAUUAUAUGCCCCCAGAAUUACAUUAAGAAUCAUUAAUAGGAGGAAUGAAUAGUGAUAACAUAAAUACCCAAAUCUUAAUAAAAUCUGAUGUGUUCUCUCUUGGAGUUACAGUUUUUUAAAUCAUUUUUGGAUUCUAACCUUUUACUUCAACUAAACCUGGGGCUAAUUGUAAAUUAUGGAAAUUAAUAUAACAGAAAAAAUGGACAUAAUAUUGGACCUUAAUUAAAAAAUUAUCAAAACUUCAAAUUGAUCCUCUUACAUAGAAUUUCAUUGAAUUAUUUUUAUAAUCAGAUACUUCAUCUAGAGCUACUUUAGAUGAGAUAUAUAUUCAUCCCUAUUUAAAUUAGGUUAAGGAUGAUGUUCAUUUAAUUUUCUGA